AUGUAUAGCCUGGCCAGGGAAUCUAGGCAGGCUUCAGCCACUGCAGCGGCACCCACAACAAGGACGCCGUCCAGCUCUCCUUCCGCUCCGGACGGCAAACAGUCGACUUCGGAGAAAGCACCCCGUACGCUGCCGCCCAAGGUCUGGACAGACGCAGUCAAUCGGUACAACGAGGUCACGGUUGCAGGAUGCAAGCGUGAGUUUCCGAUCAAGCGGUUGAUUGGAGCAGAGAGCAUAAUGGCGAGAUUUCAUUGGGAGCACACUGUCAGCCGUUGCUACACGCCUCUGGAGUUGGGAGAACUGAUUUCGAAGCGAAGCUUUACAAGCACAAAUGAGGUGAAUCAUUUGGCUACCAGGAAGAAAUCGGCCAAGAUUCAGUUCGAUGGGGAGUCUCUUCAGACUGAGGAGGAGGCGACUUGGGAGCCCCGCUCCUUGUGGGCAGUGGUGGAUGGUUUGGAUGCCAUCCGAUGGUGUCACAUUCUCUUCCAGGUGGGGGAGGAGAAACAGAUCAACUUGUUUUUCGAAGAGAUGAUCUGCAGGGCGCGCCAGCGUCCCAACAAGAUCGAGAUCUUCCGGGAGUACUAUUCUGCGGUUUCCUGGAGCAUUUGCAUGGCCCUGAAUACAGGCAGGACAUACAAGGAAGCGACCGACGAGAUCCUCAAUGACGUGAUUAUGUGGAAUGAGUACAUGGCACGAGAGCCGAAGGAGGACAAGAAGCGCAAGCGCACGGACGGCAAUGACACCGUGACUACCUCGACCUGGUUGCCCAAAGCUCCUUUUGGGGGCAAAACGGGCAAGGGCAAAGGCAAGAAAGGCGAGAAGGGCCGUGAGUACAACCAGUGGCAUGGCGCACAGCAGUGGACAUCUACGCGUCAGUGGCAGCGCCAACCAUGGCAUCGAGGUCAAUCCUGGCGCAAGGAGGACAAUCGCGAUUCGGCGUCACCUGUGCCCGGGCUAAAGGACCAUGGUGAUGUGAUUCUCCUCAGCUUCUUCGAUGGCAUUGGCUCUUCCAGCUUGGCUAUUCAGUCGUUGGGUUUGCGCCUUCGUACCUCACUGGAGUGGGAGGUAGAUGAGUCAGCGCUGACUGUGUCUUCCAGGGUCUGCAGAGGUCUGCGCAUGAAGCGCGGAGACCUCACACAAGACGACCCAGCUGCCGUUUCCAAGAUCCUGAGCGACCUCUUGCAGGAACAGGAAUCCACUGUACUGGUGACGGCAGCCCCCCCAUGUGUGGACUACUCGUCAGUGAAUGGCUCGGCUCAGGGCCGCGAGGGGACCUCGGGCUCAUUGUUCGUGUCCUUUGUUUACUUCCUCCAGGCCGUGGAGAAGGCUCUGGGCCGUCGCUUUCCGAUAUUGGUGGAGAACGUGUUGCUACAGAGCGGCACAGAUUGCCAGUGGUUCAGCGAGCAGCUACAGGCCGAACCCAUCGUUGCAGAUGGCUCGGCCUUCGGCAUGAUCUCCAGGCCCCGGACUUGGUGGACAAGAGUCGAUUGGUCCCAGACAACCAAGCAUCCCUACCGACCCGAGCAGACGCUAGCUUGGGACAAGCAUCAAGGCCUGCGGCGUUUACAGCUUUCCGUGCACAAGGACGAGCCGUCGUCCUUUGACAUGCCCGGGUUGGUUUUCCACUCCUCGGUUUCUAACGGAUCACGCAGUUUGCCCUGUCUGACGACACCUGCUCCGACUCAGGACGGGCGCCCACCGCCCAAGAAGAUGAAAGGGAAGCUCAGUGCGGCAGCCAGACAGCGGUGGCUGUCUGGCAACAGGCAAUAUGCCCCAUGGGUCUAUGAAGACCACGCGUUGGUAUACGAGAAGUCGGGCGAUGGCCAACUUUUGCCAGUGGAGCUGAAAGAACAGCUCCAUCACUUCCCGUCAGGAGUGACAAGGUGCCAGAGUGUGUCCCCGAAGGAUAGACACCGCCUCUUAGGCAACUCGUGGCAUCUAGGAGUCGCUCGCUUCAUGGUGGCCUUGGUGUUGAUCCAUAACAUGUCCAAUUGCCAGGCAGCAGACGUUGGCAGUUUGUCAGGUUACAUGGCAGCGGCCAAGGCACGUGACAUUCCGGUGGCAGGACACAUUUCAGGACAGGUGGGCGCCGCAGUGAAGCCGGCACAGGACAUGUGGGAGCAGUGGAGCCACAGCUUAGACAUGUCACACCCGCUGUUGGUCGAGCCUCGUGUGGAGCCCGCGAUAUCCAAGACCAUCCGUGCCAUUGUGAACAUCGGCCCAUCGGUCGUGCAGAUGCGUGAGAACAUUAUUCACGGCAUCCGCGCAUUGAAAAGUGCCAUGAGUGCUGAAACAGAUUCCUGGUUUCGUCAGCUCCCUCCACAUGUUGCUAGGGCGUACAAGCUCGAGGACAAUCAAGUAGUCCAGAUCCCACUGUUCAUGCGGCUCCUCCGAGGUUGUGGCUAUCCGGAUUGCGACAACCUCGAGGCCGAUCUCAACCGCGGUUUCCCGCUGCUAGGACCGUUGCGACAAUCUCCAGGCUGGCACCUGAGGACAGAUGAUUGGUAUGCUCACCCGAUUUCAGAGGAAACCUUCGCUGCUUUGAACAGCGAGCAUAUCCGGACCCGUGCUGCAAGGACCAGAGCUGAUCCUGAGUGGCAGUGCAUGUUGGAGGAAGUCGUGGCCGAAAGGGCCACGGGCAGGGUGGAAGGCCCUUUUCGGGCCCACGCAUCGUGGGGGUUCCAGUCUGUGUCCGAGGAAGUCCGAGAAACCAGCAGCCCACUGCAGGACAUGGUGCCAGGCCCAGCUUAUGCUGCUUUUGCAUUUAGCGUGGUCCAAGAAGGUUCAGACGGCCGGAAGAAGGUGAGGCGUUGUGAAGACUACAGACGAUCGCAUCACAACUCGACGAUUCAUGCAGUCGAUAAACCACCGCACGAUUCGGUGGAAACUUACGUCCGAGUGCUUUUGUUCUGGGCGUUCCUCGGGAUUCUUGCACAGGUGUGGUGUCAGGAUCUCAUGGCGGCAUAUCGUCAGUACCCUGUGCUCGAGGUGGCCCAUGCUUACAUGUUGUUACAGCUGCCUCACGGCAUUUCAGUGUGGCGACACGCUGUACUCCCCUUCGGGGCUUCGGCCUCAGUCUGGCAUUUUAAUCGUUGCACAGAUGCUGUUGUGUGGCUGGCUAGAUGUCUUUUGCUGGUGGUUGCAUUACAUUACGUGGAUGAUAUUGGGGGGCCUGAGCCGCCGUGGUCUUCACAGUCUGCUUGCGCGUCUUUCAGGGAGUUGUGCGAGUUGAUUGGGAUACGGGUUAAGCCUUCCAAGGAGCAGCCGCCGGCUUUUCUUCAGAAGGUGUUGGGUGUUUGGAUUGCAGUUACAAGUGCAGGCAUCGAGAUUCGCCCAGACCCAGGCAGGGUGACCAGGGUUUGUGCGGCACUUCAGCGCUGCUUGGAUGCCGACGAACUCACGCCUGAGGAAGCGGCCCGUCUUACGGGCAAACUCAUGUUCUUACAGACGAGCCUGUUUGGCCAGGUGGGCCGUGCGGCCCUUCACCCGCUGUACUCCCGUGCCCACGGCGGGCCUUCUCAACACACAGCGCUGAACCAAGGCCUGCGGGGCGCGAUUCAGUGCCUCCUGGCAGUUCUACAGAGGGCCGAGCCGAGGGUGAUUCCCUUACGUCAUCAGGCAACGUCCACCUCAGUGGUCUACGCAGAUGCUUUCUUCCGCAUGGGGGAGCAGACUUGGAAAGCAGGUCACGCCAACAUCCGUCAUUGGACACGCUCCCCAGUGUCCAAACUGGCCAAUGGUUGGGGCUUCAUCGUGCACUCAGAGGCUGGCACGACAGCUGGGUUCGGACAGGUGCCACCUGAUGUGGUGGCACAGUACAGCUCGCGCAAGGCUUACAUCUUUUUCCUGGAAGUCAAUGCGCAGAUCCUUGCGCUGCUGGCCAAUCGAGCGACUCUCGGUCCCUUCUGGGUCGGCUUCAUCGACAAUACUGCUGGCAGAGCGGCCUUGAAUAAGGGCUUCACAUCCGAUCCUUGCAUCAAUAAUCUUUUGUGUUUCUUUUGGGCGUUGUGUGCGGAACUUAAGUGGUUCGCUCACUUCGAGUGGGUCGCAAGUCAUCUCAACAUUGCGGAUCCUAUAUCUCGCGGCGACAUGACCGUCGCCCACCAGUUGCAAGCGAGCCAGCUUCGGAUGGUUCCCCAAGGAUACUGGCAGCUUCUGCUACGCAUCGCCGGGGACAUGCAGUACGCGGCUGGUUCGGCUGUCAAGGAUGCUCU